AUGUCUCUGGGAACGCUGGUGUCUGCCCUGCCUAAGGGGGUGACCGAGGCAGUGGCCCAAGCCUUUGCCCAGCUGCCCCACAAGGUGGUGUGGAGGUUCCUGGGAGAAAGACCCUCUUCCCUGGGGAACAACACCCUGCUACUGGACUGGCUCCCCCAGAACGACCUCCUGGGCCACCCCAAGACCCGCGCCUUCGUGGCUCACGGAGGCACCAACGGCCUGUAUGAGGCCAUUUACCACGGGGUCCCUGUGCUGGGUCUGACGCUACUCUGCCACCAGUUGAACAAUGUCUGGAGGCCACCACUCUCACCACAAAAUACUUCCUGGAGGCCCUAAGGGAUGUGCUGGAGAAUCCCUCCUACUGCCACAGCAUGCAGAAGCUCUUUGGCCUGCACCGCAACACGCCCCUGUCCCCGUUCGCCAGUGCCACCUUCUGGAUUGAGUACGUGAUGAGGAACGGCGUCCCACCUGCACACCGAAGCCUACAGCAUGUCCUGGUACUCCAACCACAGCGUGGACGUGGCGGCGCUGCUCACGGCCCUCAGCGGAGCCUCUCGCUGGGCCUCAGUCUCUGUCUGCAGCAGGCUGUGCUGCAGGAGCUCCAGGAGGAAGACCAAGCUGGAGUGAAAGAUGUGAACAUUGAUUAA